AAAAAACCAGGUUUGGUCAAAUUAUUUUAACAAAAGCUUCCAUUAAAUUUACCUCUUAAUUCUAAAGGGUGCGUUAAAAUUUCCUUAAAUUGCAUGCUUUCUAAAAAGUAAAAGAUGAUUGCUCUUAUAUCUUAGCAUUAGGGUUAAUUUGUUGGGUUUAAAAUCAUUCGGACAUAAAAAAAAAUUCAUUUCCAUCUCUCUUCUCUCCGACAAAGAUGAUGUUUAACGUCAGUGCGUGCGGCCUUGGAGAAUUACCUACGCCCAGCAACAACAAGAUCGGUAACAUCUCGAGGAAGCAGCAUCAGCGUUUAAGGACAGAAGAAGGUGAUGAUCAAGACAAGACCGUACUUGGGAGAGGGAAAAGAAUUCGAAAGAACAAUUCACAAUCCGAAGCUAGUUCGUCUUCAUCCAACAAAUCAAAUCUGAACGAAGAUGUGGUGAGUUUACUUAAAGUCACAUAUGAACUGCUGUUUCUAGAUUACUGUCUCUUGUUAGUCCAGUUUGGUUUAGGAGAAAACUUGUAA